AUGGAAACCAGAAUUGGAACUGAAGCUCAACUUUAUUACGGUCUGCCUUCCACGGAUUUGAGGACAGUGGGGAAGAAAAGUAUGGAAUGGUAUCCCAAUGAUUGGAAAUGGGAUGGGCAUCUAUUCGUUGCUUCUCGAGUCAAUCCCAAUCCUUCUAAUUACCAGGACAGGCAGUUUUUUCCACUUGAAAGUGGAAUUAGUACAACUAGGGAUUCUUCUAACGGUUCCUCCUCUUGCUCCGAAGAAUUAAAUCAAGGGGCUGAGAAAGAAAAGAGGGAAUUGGAGAAGAGAAGGAAACUUGUCUUAGUUGAAGAUGAUAAUUUGGCAGAUGAGGGCUGCAAUCUUAUGCUAAAACUCGGGGGCCAGGGCUAUCCAAUGAUAGACAGGAACACGGGGAAUGGGGAUGGAACAUCUGGGAAGAAGACUAAGUUGGCUGGAGCUACUACAAAACGUGCACUUUGCCAGGUCGAGGACUGUGGGGCUGAUCUGAAUAAGGCCAAAGAUUAUCACAGACGGCAUAAGGUUUGUGAGAUGCAUUCGAAGGCUAAUAGGGCACUUGUCGGGAAUCAAAUGCAACGAUUCUGCCAGCAGUGUAGCAGGUUUCAUGCACUUCAAGAGUUUGAUGAAGGUAAACGCAGUUGCCGUAGACGUUUAGCUGGCCACAAUAGGAGGAGGAGGAAAUCUCAACCUGACAAUGUUAACAAUAACAAUCUCUUUAAUGAUAACCAGGCGAGUGGUCAUCUAUUGAUGACCUUACUGAAGAUACUCUCCAACUUGCAUUCCAAUAGAUCAAACCAGAAAGAUGAUCAGGAUAUGUUGUCUCAUCUGCUACACAGCCUUGCUAGCAAGAGAUCUUUGCAUGGAGAAACAAGCAUCUCUGGAUGUCCAAAGGAAUCCCAGAACUUGCCGGACUAUCUCCCUUCUUUAGGAAAUUCAGAAUUUGUGCAUGCCUUGCUCUCAAACGAUUCUCAAGGCCAAAGACCUGAAGAACAGCUUAGUACAAUUCCUGCCGAUGAAAUGCUGACAAAGGAUGAGAAUCUACGAGACACAAAUCCUCAAAAACAAGGUGUUAUGUUCCCCAACCAUGGUAGUUCUGCAGUUGAUGCAGAAUGCAAGGACUUUUCUGCUGGGAGAAGCAAACGGAAUAAUUUUGAUUUGAAUGAUGUUUAUGUUGAUUCUGAUGAUGGCAUGGAGGAUGUAGAAAGAUCACCCGUCCCUGUGGAUCUGGGUACCAGUUCUAUUGAGUUUCCUUCAUGGGUGCAAGAAUCGCAUCAGUCAAGUCCUCCUCAGGCAAGUGGAAAUUCAGAUUCAGGAUCUGCCCAGUCUCCUUCCAGUUCCAGUGGGGAUGCCCAGAGCCGAACAGAUCGCAUUGUUUUCAAACUGUUUGGAAAGGAGCCCAGUGAUUUUCCCAUCAUUUUACGAGCGCAGAUAUUUGAUUGGUUAUCCCACAGUCCUACGGACAUAGAGAGCUAUAUAAGGCCUGGUUGUAUCAUUUUAACGAUAUAUCUUCGUCUAUCUGAGUCUGCAUGGGAGGAGCUCUGUUGUGAUUUGGGCUCCAAUUUGAGUAGACUUCUGGAUUCCUAUCACGAUGUCACUUUCUGGAGUACAGGAUGGAUUUAUGUCAGGGUGCAGAAUCAAAUAGCAUUUAUAUACAAUGGUCAGGUUGUUGUGGACACAUCUUUACCUUUCAAGAGUAGUAAUUAUAGUACAAUUAUGAGUGUUAAACCUAUUGCUAUUACAUCAUCUGAGAGAGCUCAAUUUGUUGUUAAAGGCUUUAAUUUAUCGCGACCCUCCACGAGGAUACUCUGCUCACUAGAAGGUAAUUAUCUGGAAGCUAACAGUGAGAUAGUGGAACACGAAGGUGGCUUAGAGGGGCAUUGUGUUCAAUAUGUGAACUUUGCCUGUUCAUUUCCUGCUGUUAAUGGAAGAGGAUUCCUUGAGGUUGAGGAUCAUUGUGUUGGCAGCAGCUUCUUUCCUUUCUUAGUUGCUGAGGACGAUGUUUGCUCUGAGAUGCGUAUGCUUGAAGGAGAAAUAGAGUUGACCGAGACAGAUGAUUUCCAGCUAGAAACUGGGAAAUUAGAAGCACGGAAACAAGUCAUGGAUUUCAUACAUGAAAUGGGAUGGCUUCUCUAUAGAAAUAAUUUGAAGUCCAGAUUGGGGCACUCAGAUCCUAAAUCAGACUGUUUUCCUUUUAAACGUUUCAAGUACCUUGUGGAGUUCUCUGUCGACCGUGAUUGGUGUGCUGUUAUAAAAAAACUUCUUGGCAUUCUUUUCAAUGGAACAGUGGGUGCUGGAGAGCAGCCUAUCUUGAAGUUUGCGCUAUAUGAGAUGGGUCUCCUACACCGAGCUGUGCGAAGAAAUUCAAGAUCUCUGGUGGAGAUGCUAUUAAAAUAUGUUCCAGAAAGAAUAGCAGAUGAACUAAGUCUGACACCUCUUCACAUUGCAGCUGGUAGGGAUGGAUCUGAGGAUAUAUUGGAUGCCUUGACUUGUGAUCCCGGAAAGGUGGGAAUUGAAGCAUGGAAGAAUGCCCGUGACAACACAGGAUUUACGCCUGAAGAUUAUGCUCGACUGAGAGGACACUACUCUUACAUACACCUUGUUCAGAGGAAAAUUACCAAAAAAGUAUCUUCUGGGCACGUGGUUGUUGACAUUUCUGACACUUGUUCAGAUAGCAGUGUGAACCCAAAGAAAAAUGAAGGGGCGGCCACUGGUUUUGAGAUUGGAAUGUCCACAAGAAGAAGUGUUCCGCGUCCCUGUGGUAUUUGUGAUCAGGAAUUGGUUUACAGAAGCAGCAGUCGAACUUUGCUUUAUAAGCCUGCAAUGCUCUCAAUGGUGGCCAUAGCGGCUGUAUGUGUUUGUGUAGCCCUUCUUUUCAAAAGCUCGUUUAGGUGGGAGAUGUUGGAAUAUGGUUCCAGCUGA